UUUCUCAAGUCAACAUUUCUAUUAUCUUUACUUUUUCUUUGUAUAUUUAUUACUUUUUCUUCCAGGUAUGUUCGUUUCCAAAGUCAACAUUGAUCAUAAUAUAAAUAAUCUGUGAUAUGCAGGAUUAUGUUACUUAUUCUUAUUAUUUGAAUAACUUAAUUUAACAUAUAGGUACAUUGUGUAUAAUACCAGAAGCAAGUCAAGAAAGUAUACUUCAAUCCUUUGAAAGUUAUUCAGAUGUAUCUAUGUUUCAUUUCAAUGUUCCAAAGGAAAUCCUUAGAGCAACAUGGCAAUUUGCAGCAUUCAUGGAUGGACCAAAUUGUCCCCAAAGGAAGGUGCAUAUGUUAGUGCCUUUUCCAUUUGUAAAUACAUUUACGAUGGGGUAGUUAUCCUGUAUUAUCUAUUGAUAAUAUGACAUUUCCAACAAAUAUGUAUCCAUUAAAUAAUGAUACACUGGUAAUUUCAACUGAUACAUUUUUUGAACCAAAGAGUAUGGCUGUUAUACCAAUUUAUGGACCACAAGCUGGGGAUUGGUUUGUGGCAGCAUAUUUAUCUCAUUGGGAUAAAAAAGUUCAACAACAAGGCCUUUUUCACAAAUGUCAUUAUAGCAUAGGUUCUGUAGCAUUAUGGGUAGGAGCAAAUUCUAUAGAAAAUAUACCUGUAGGUUAUCAAACCACAUUGAAAACAAAAGAAACAUCUUCUUAUUACAAGAUAUAUGUGCCAUCUGGAAUAUCAACUUUACGUGUUUACAUUUGGGGAUGUAAUUUUACUGUAGAUUCCUUUCGUAAUAUACAUAAACCUUGUAUUAAAAAUAUAGCUUUACAAGGUCGUGUUUUACCAAUAUAUAAUAAUACUCCUUCAAGUAAUACUGGAAAUUUGACCAUGCUAGAUUCUUAUACAUUUACAAUAUCUUCCCCAUAUGAAGAUAGUUAUUACUAUUUGUUAGUUAUUUCAGAUAGUAUAAUAGAAUUUAACGUCAAAGUUAGUAUUUCAGAAUGUCCUAUAAAACUAAUAGAGAAACAGUUUAUAAAACAGUACUUAGAUGUGUCAUCAAUUACUGAAAAAGUGACACAAAUAUCAACAAAAAAUCUGAAAGAACAUAAAAACUAUGAUGUUUGGAAUCGUAACAUAAAUUCAUCUAAUGAUUUGAUAGAUCUACAUAAAAGUCAGUUUUAUGUACGGAAAGAAAAUUCUGAUGUAGAGGAUAAAUGCUUUCCAAGAUAUCAACUUGUUAGAGUUAAACAUUCUCAAGUAUUUUCUUCAAGUUAUUUAUUGCAAGGAAGAGAAUGGUUAACUCCUUGGUUGGUAUUAAUGGAUUCAUAUCCAAUAAUAAUACAGUUUAAUAUUUUACCUUUAGUAGAUAUUGGAGGUACUCUUGAAAUUAAUAUUCAUUUAGAAAUGUAUGAGACGAUGACAAAACAAUUAAUCAUUGUAGCUGUUUGUAUUCAAAAAGGUCAUGCACCUAAUAUACUAGAAAACAAAGUUGUAUGUGAAGAUAAAAAACUAUUUAUGAACUUGUCUUCAUCAGGUAAACAUGAUGAAAGUAUAUUAAUACCAUAUCCACAACCAGAUACAUGGUAUAUUUUUUUACAAGCCACAUGUUACAUAAAUGACCAUGCUGUAAAUUGUGAAAUGGAAGAAAUUUUAGUAUCAUUGAAUAUUCAUACAAGACAAUGUGUAUUUUCUGGUAAUAAUUCAUGUGGUCAUCAUGGAAUUUGUCAAGAAAUUCAUAGAAAUCUUCUUGUCUAUACGGCUUGUGACUGUUUUGAAGGAUAUAAAGGAUGGGGUUGUACUGAUACAAUUACUAUUAAUUCUGGUACUUCUGCUGUUAUAACAACAUUAAUGUUGACAUUAAGCAAUGGAUUCUUCAUACCAGCUAUAUAUUUAGCUAUAAAACGAGAACUUUAUACAGAAGGAUUGAUUUAUUUAUCUACUAUGUUAUCUUCUACUCUUUACCAUGCCUGCGAUCAACGUACUACAAAUUAUUGUAUUACUAAAUUUGAAGUUUUACAAUACUGCGAUUUUUUUUCAAGUAUAUUAGCUUUAUGGGUAACACUUGUAGCUAUGGCAAGAUUACCCAUUCGUUUCGUAUCUUUUUGUCAUAUGCUUGGUGUACUUCUAAUUGCAUUUGAAGUGCAAUCUGAUAGAACAAGUUUAAUUAGUAUAUUGAUGCCUUUGACAAUAGGUGUUAUAAUACCAGUUGGAACAUAUAUAUAUCGUAGUUACCAUCUAAGAAGUUGGAAGAAACCUAACAGAUUAUCAAAGCUGUUAGUAGGCUUAUUAUUAGCGGGUGUAGGCUUACUGCUCUUUUUUUUAGUUGAAACAGAAGCAAAUUACCAAUAUGUCCAUAGUGCAUGGCACAUAGUAAUAGCUAUAUCUUUAAUAUUUUUAUUACCACCUGCACGGACAGAGCAAUUAAAUAACUCGGAUAUUAAUUCUUUCACAGAAGAUAGUGAGUUGUUAAACUAUAAAGAUUACCUUGAAAGUCCAGUUUUUACAGUAAUAAAUAGGUAAGAAAGUAUAGUAAUUGUGUUCAGAUAAAUAACAAAAGCAAAAGUUUGCCAUUUAAAACUUUCUUAUAAUUAUAUUAUGCCAAAAUAAUAUUAUAAUUGAUAAUUAAAACUAACAAAAUGUUUAUAAGUAUAGGAAUCUUUUAUAUGUUUAAUAAGCAAAAUAAGAAUAUGAUAAUUCAGUAUAUUACAUACGAGAAUUAUUUCUUUAUUAAAAGAUCAAUAUAUUUUUUAUAAAAAUAUAUUAAUCUCUAAAUUGAACAUAUUUUAUAUAUUGGAUAAGAUGCAUAAAAUUUAUAAUAAUACGAAUCAUAAUAUAUAGGAGAUAUUAGCUCUGCUAAUAGAAAUCAAUUUUAUGUGAAAAUAUGUGCAUAGUGCCUAAUAGAAUA